AAAAAAAUAAAAAUUCUAAAAAGAUAAACUGAUAUUUAGUAAGCACGUUAAAUCGGAACGGUAUCAGAUACGACCAUAGCAAACACGCGUACGCGCACGUAGUUGGAUAGCUGUACGUAUAGACUAGAUACACAGAGACUUCUUAUCUCCGCAUACACAAUGACCUCAGACCAGGAUACGAUAGUGCUAGAGAGCCUUCUGGUUCAACUACUAACACCAGACAAUGACGUGAUUAACAGUGCAACCGUAGAGAUUAAGAAGAUCCUCAAACAGUCCGCUGGCUUACAGGCACUUGUCACUGUUGUGUGCAACUCAAGCAACGAGGGAGCCCGACAAAUGGGAGCCACUCUAUUAAAGCAACGCAUAGCAACCUCGUGGACUAAGCUUGCGCCCGAGUUGAAGAAUGCGAUCAAGGAGACAUUAUUGCAUCUAGUACUGAACGAUAACUCGAGAGCCGUGCGCCAGGGUGUGGCACGGGCUAUAUGUAUGAUUGCUAAGCAUGAGGUACCUACCGGGCAAUGGCCCAACUUUAUGGACUGGUUAUCUCAGUGCACAAACAGCACAGUGCUGGCACACAAAGAGAUCGGCAUGCUGGUGUUAUCUAGUCUGUGCGAGACUAUGGGGGAGCAGCUAAAGCCUUUCUACCCCUCCAUGUUUGGCCUAUUCCAGACCGCUGUGGUGGAGAGAGAGUCGGCUGAGAUUCCGUACCACGCUAUGAACACUAUCUCCACACUACUGCCGUAUUUUGAAACACCUGAGUUUGAGCAAUUACACGCGUUGUUGCCGACCAUGGUAGAGACCUGCAAGUUUCUUCUACACAAAGACGAGACCCAAGGCUUAAAGGCAAUGGAGUUCUUCGAUGAGCUUAUGGACAGUGAAUUCCCACUGUCCGGCGAGAAUGCCGCACUUCUCAUGGGCUUCUUCCUGGAGGUGGCGUCCAACCAAAACGCCGAACACAGUGCACGUCAGUCGGCUAUCUCACAGAUCGUCUCUCUCAGCAACUCAGACAAGAAGACGGUUAUCAUCAAGAACGGCUUAGUCCCGCACAUUGUCAAUGCCGUGUUUAUGAUCAUGGCUGAGCCUGAGCAAGAAGAUCUGGAGGAGGAUGAGGCGGCCAUCUCUGAUUUGGCAGCACAGAUCAUCGAUAACUUUGCCCUCAAUAUGCCCCCGAGUGCCGUGGUCGACCCCUCGUUGGAAAUCAUCGGCACGGCAAUGGCCAACCCAAAUCCAAGAUACCGUCGCGCAGCCAUCAUCGGCCUAGCCGUUCUAGCCGAGGGGUGCUCCGAGUAUCUCAAGAACAUGCUCACAGGCAUCCUACCCGCUCUCUACAAGGGACUCGAAGACCCAGACGUCUCUGUACGCGAAGCCUCGUGCCUGGCCCUGGCUCAGUUCUCUCAGUUUUGCCAACCAGACAUCGGGGAUCACUGUGGUGAAGUCAUGCCACGCCUCUUCGCGUCGCUCGAGUCACCGUCCGAAGACCUGCGGGAGAAGUCAGUGCACGCACUCGAGUCCUUCUGCGAGUUCCUGGGUGAUAAGAUAGUGCCGUACCUGGAUACCAUGAUGGCUAAGAUGCACCACAUGCUGGUCAAUGGUUCGCGGGGGGUUCAGGAGGUGACUGUGUUGGCUAUAGCGGCUGCUGCUGUAUCGGCGGGGUCGGCCUUUGAGCCGUACCUGAAUGAGGUGUAUGGCGUGCUCAAGCAGCUGAUGUCAUUGAACACGGAGGAGACCGCUAACCUGCGCGCGUACGCGACGGAAUGCCUGGGCCACAUCAUGAAGAACCUGGGCCGCAAGUACUUUGAGAACGACCUGCCCGAUCUCGUACGCGUAGCCACCGAGGGGCUGACCCUAGAAGACCCGGUCAUUGCGCAGUGCACAUACGGCUUCUUUGGGGCCUUAUCCGUAACCUUCAAGAAGGACUUUGCGCCGUACCUACCCAGCCUGCUGCCCAUCCUGGUGGGCCAGAUCAAAGAAGCCGAGCAGAGUGUCAUCUACAAGCGUGGCGGGGAUGAGGGUGAGAUCGACCUGGGCGACUCAGACGACGAAGACGAAGACGAGAACGAGAUCCAGACCGUGAUGAUCGACCCCAGUGUCAUGGAGGCUGCUUCCAGCGCAAUAGACACGCUCGGGUACUUCGCUGUAGAGAUCAGCCACGACUUCAUUCCGUACAUCGAGGCAUGUCUGCCCAUGCUGCUGUCACUGCUCGAGUUCAAGUUCAACAACGACAUCCGCAAGGCGGUCGUCAGCACGCUGUGUGACUUCAUCCGCUGCUCCCACACCGUGUUUGACGACAGCAAGGAGUGGCAAGCCGGUAUCCCCGUGGUUAACCCACUCUCCCAACAGACCAUGCACCUCAUCGCAGAGAUCAUACCCAAGCUCACCAAGACCAUGCAGAAGGACUACGACCGUAUGGUUGUGCUGGCCAUCGGCACGUGUCUGGAGCCCAAUGUACCCAUCAUCGGCCCGGCGAUGAUUGAGGGUAACCUGGCUGACUGGUGCAACACCAUCGCCAUGCUCAUCAACCGACAGGUGGUGUGUCAGGAAGACGACGGCGACAACGACGACGAAGACGCGGAACACACCAUGGCUGAGUACGAUAGCAUGUUGGUGGACGUGGGAUGUGACCUGUUGAGCGCCACCGCUCAGGUCAUGGGCCCGUCCUUCAACGGACCGUACUUCGAGACCUUUGCCAAGAUUCUGCGCAAGUUCUACAAACCCAACUCUAACGAACAAGACCGUAACCUCUGCAUGGGCACACUUUCCGACCUUGUUAAAGCCAUGGGCCCCAGCAUCACCCCCUACGCCGACGAGAUGUACAGCAUGUUCUCCAAAGCCAUCGCCGACCCGGACGAGGGCGUCAAGGUCAGCGCCAUCUACACCGUAGGCCUGCUAGCCCAGCAUGUACCCUCCCUGGUCACCACCCACGCCAAUGAGAUGCUGACCAGUGUCUACCCGUUCUUCACCAACCCCGACAGCAGCGCGGCGGUGGUAGACAACUCGUGCGCCAUGAUCGCCCGGCUCAUCACCGCCGCCAAGUCACAGGGUGACCCUAAUGCCGUGCUGCCGCUGGCCAAGAUAGUGCCGGUGGUGGUGGGAGCCCUACCCCUCAAGGACGAUAUGCAGGAGAAUGAUGUGGUGGCGGCUAUGCUGCUGGGUCUGUUUGAGACACAUUCGGAUGUCGUCUUCCCCUUGCUGGGCCAGUUGAUCGGCGUGUUUUCGCAUCUGUUGAGUAUGGGCAAGGAGCAGAGCCUGCUGACAGACAGCACCAUCGUUGCCAUGACAACGCUGUUCAAGGGCCUGUCCUCGGCACACCCCAACGAGCUUCAGCAGUGCUUAGCGACGUUGAGUGAGAGCCAGAGGACGUCAGUACUAACACUUAUUCAGUCACAAUAGGGCCGGCCGUGUGUUCAAAUAAGAGUUGGCCAAUACCGGGUGGACUAAGUUGUAGACGGUUCUGGUCGCAUGUGCGUAUACCUUAUUGGCACCCCUCGGCGGCUGCCACAGGGGUUGUUGGUGUGGGAUGCGGAUGUUUUUAAUAUUAGGAAUAUGUAAUGGAAGUACAUAUCACAUAGACGCGUGCAAUGUGAGGGGCAAGCGUCUGAUUAAAUUAAAGUUUUGUAAAAGAG